GCUGCACCGACACUGUCGGGUGCAGCGUGGUGUGUCGAGCCGACACACCACGGACCGCCACUGACGCAAAGACGAUACCAGAACCCGUCUCAGAGCGCGUUGCCGAGAUUCACAUUCGAUGGCUGUCGCAGAUCGUCGCCAUGCAACGGACGAGCUACCCAAGUGGUGUGGUCGACUCAAAGGGUGAACGCUGGCAACACGCACACGACCGGCUUUCGCCCAAGUUGCUGCUCGUGGUCUGCCUCGUCUACUAGUAGCAAGCGCACCUUGGUUCGGACGACAGCAAAACUUACUUUUGUCAAGGCGCACGAGGCUUUUGUGGACUCGGCAUCGGUGCGACCACAUCAACAUAAGCUUGGGCUCCUCACACGCUACCCCUCGUGUGAGCCGCGAUCUCGGCCAGCACCAACUUUUGGCUGGUUACCUUCAGCUCAAGCUAGCAGCGAGCAGGAAGAACGCGGAAGCUCGCACUUUCCGGAGCUAGUGCGGAGUUUCCCGCCACGUGGGUGGGGUUUGUCCCAAUGCGCGACUGGGCUUUUGGGAAAAACCCAAAGUCCCAGCUUCCCGGGUUUUUCUGGUUUGCCGCGCGGGCACAUUAUUAUCCGGAUAGCUCCUUCGCGGAGGCCAUUUCGAAAUGCCUGGAGCGUCGUCCGCGAUCCUCAAGGGCCUGCGCUGCCUGGUAGACGUUCACAUGAUCACGGGCGAUACGGACGUCGACUGCUCCGGCGAGGUCGGGCGCAAGCUCACGGACCUCGGCGCGCGCGUCGUCAAGCGGCUCGGGAAGGAGACGACGCACGUCGUGUGGCUCAACGGCAAACGCGCGGUGCGGGACGCCACGCUCAAGCGCACGGACGUGAUCCUCGUCGGACCGCUCUGGGUCGAAGCGUGCGCCAAGACCGCCUCGCGCGUUCCCGAAGCCAAGUUCUUUCCGGCCGAGCCGCCGUCGGCCGGCGCGCUCAAGGCCAAGAAUCGGCGCCGCAGCAGCAUGAUGGAGCCGCGCGCCGAAGAUGUCUUUGACGAGUCUACGAUGACACCGCGAAAGAAGAAGCGAGAGAGCCUCGAGGUCGUGACGCCGUCCUAUAUGCUCCAACCGCAGAGCACGCAGAAGCGCAAGCAGCUCCAGCUCAGUCGGGAUGACCCGCUCUCGGACGACGACGACCUCAUGGGCACCGUGACGGAAGAAGUGGUCGACGAGCCGCCGCUGAAGCGGGCUCGCGUGCAGCCCAAGGUCAACGUGUGGGCGUGCUCCAAGUGCACGUUUGAGAACCCGACGAACGCGCCGCACUGCGGGAUCUGCGGCGCAAAGCACGAGGCAGUCGCCGCCACAGCGACAAAGCCCUCAAGCUCCGCGACGCCGCUUAGCGAGCUCAAGGAGUCCCUCUCCAAGGUCACACUCAAGACCAAAACGAGAAGCUCGACCACGAUCACUCGCUCGACGACGCCGGCCGCGGUAAAGAUAACCGCCAGCAAGACCGCCGCCGCCAGCAAGACCACAGCUGCGAGCAAGAACUCAACCAAGAUGGUGCCCAAGGCGGCACCAACUGUCUCCAAGAAGCCCGCGACGAAGAAGACGACAACCAAAUCCUCCACCGCCGACGCGACGUCUUCGUCGCAGCCAAGCCAAACCAAGACAAAGGCCAAGACUCCUGCACCGACGACCACCAAAGGAAAAGCCAAGGUGUCGGCGACCGAACCAGAGGCAAAGGCCAAAACCAAGCUCACUCCGGCCCCAGCGGCAUCUACGACAGCCGCUGGCAAAGGCAAGACCGCCAAAACAGUCAAGCCUGCAACCGCCAAGGCCAAGCCUACCGCUGCAAAGACCAAGCCUACCGCGGCCAAGACCACGACCAAGAAGACGAUCAAGGCAUCGCAAGAAAAGACCGAGACCCGUCCGAAGCGGUUUUUCGUCGCCAUCAGCGGCGCGGACGAAGCAUCGCGGCAGAUGCUCGUCUCGACGAUCGCGGCCAUUGACGCCAAGUGCCCCAACCAGCUCACGACCCGCAUCGUCGACGCCAACGUGGCGAUGACGCACGUCAUUGCAACCGACGCGUCCAAGCGCACGAUGAAGGUGCUCUUUGGCAUUGCCCGCGGCGCCUACAUCGUCUCGGACGCGUGGGUGUUUGCGUCGCUCGAAGCUGGCAUGUGGCUGCCCGAGGGCGACUACCUCCUCGAGCCGUACAACCAGCGCGCAGAGGCGACGAAAACGCACGCCGGGAUCCUCGACGACAUCCUCUUUAGCAUUGCAACUGCCGCCGGUCGCAUGGAACCGCCCAAGGAGACGCUGCAUAGCCUCAUCACGGCCGCCGGUGGCAAGGUCUGCAACAACGUCUCGCAAGCGCAGUACUGCAUCUGCCACGAGCCCAAUCGACGGGCGAUGCAGGCCAACGUGGCGUGCGUGACGCCCAAAUGGCUCUUUGAUAGCAUCGCAGCCUCUUGCCUCCAGGACGUUGCGCAGUAUUCGCCGGGCGGCGCGUACUAGUAUUUUAAAUAUACACCGAAAGCAAGGCUCGCUAGGCUCUAGA